AUGCCAGCCGACGGCUCUAAACUACCCAAAGACCGGGCGUUCAUUCGUUCCGGUAAUUUGACUGUAAAAUCAAUCAAAAAGGAGGACCAUGGUCAGUACGAGUGUGUCUUAGACAACAUCAUCGCCACAUUAGUCACCACCACCACUCUCCUCGUCGAUAGUACGACACCUCACCCGCCGACUAAUGUAUCGGUAAACUCGAGUGCCUUUGCCGCGACAGUCACCUGGGUGCCUAAUUAUGAUGGAGGACAUCAGCAGUUCUUCAGCAUUCGCUAUCGAUUUUCCGAUGAGGACGAGACGGGAUGGAAGACCAUACGAGUGCAGCCGCCAGAGACCACAUCCACCUUCACUAUAUAUAACCUGCAAACAGAUACUGAAUAUGACUUUCAAGUGUUUGCGUCCAAUUCGCUGGGCAGAGGAAUGGGAUCUAAUAUAGUCAGAGCCCGCACUAAAAGUUGGGAUUCAGUAAAUGGUCAGUUUCCUACCGAUGCCUAUGGUUCCACUUAUAUGCCUAUACAAGAGCCUGUUGAAAUCACAAGACCUGGAACUACAGACACAUUGGAUGAGCCAACGAUUCCGUCGACAACAUCAGCACCGGUCGGUCCAAAGCCAGGGCCGGCGCGCAACGUAACCAUCGAAAAGAUGGCUCAGGGAUGGGUUGUUUCAUGGCUGCCACCCAUUGAAACAGCCAUUCCUGUCUCGUAUUAUACGGUUGAGUAUAAAGAAGGAGACGAAGGGAAAUGGAUUACAUCGGAGUCCAUAUCGAAAGAGACCGCUUAUUUAAUCAAGGACCUGCAUCAGGGGCUUAAAUAUACGAUUCGUGUGAACGCAUAUUCAAUACUCGGAAUCGGAGAUGUGGGACAACCACUUGAAUAUAAAAUACCCGGUCCGGAAGGAAUACGAGGUCCACGGGCUAUAACAGCCGGUAUAGUAGGGAGUGUCCUCUUCUUCGUGGCGGCCCUUAUAUUAAGCGUCUGUACGGUUAAGAUCUGUAAUAAAAGGAAACGACGAAAGUUAGAAAAGGCCUAUAUGAUGGUCACCUGUCCUGUAAUGGAUGGCGUGAAUGGUAGUCAUUCUCACGGCGGAAGUCCAGUGCCUCUCAAACAGAACGCCAGGGAGUCUUCUCGGAUUUACCCAACGUAUAUUAGGGAUAAUUAUUAA